AGAAUGAUGUUUCCUUAUGUAUUUUUCCCUGCAAAAAAAGUCAUCAAUUAUUCAAGUGGGUUGAAGAUCUCUUCUCCUAGUUUUUAUGAGGAUAUGAUGGUCAGGGAUUUGAAUUCAUUUACGUGAUGAUGUGCAAGAGACCAAGAAGUUGAAGGGGAAUAACAAGUGGCUGCAGCUUACAGCGUAACUGGUAAAGGGCUUGCACUAAUUCGUUUUAUUUAUUUUGUUGGAUUCAAGUAUCACACCAUGUCUGCCUUAUGUCAUUUAACCGUGUCUUUUCUUUUCUUUGUGAACAUGGUGAACCCUUGAGCUUAGUGCUACUAGUCACUACGAGGUUCAAUUAGUCGUACGAUGAUAAGGGCAUAGUAUUUUCUAGCCUAUCCCUGAUUAUGCAUUGGCGGCACAUAGUUGUUUGAAAUGAGUGGGGUCGUCAAUGAUAUUAUUUCGCAAAGUACGAUUACUAAAGUGCUGCAGAACUACCACCUUGAACAGUUAUCAGAGCUUUCAUCUCAUCUGUACAAAUUUAUUUUUGAAAAUUUAGUGCUGAUAAAGCAAAAUGCACCGUUGAUUCAUUUGAUUUUUCAAAUAGUGGUGACAACUCUGCUGGUUACUCCACAUUUAAACUUGCAAAAUCAGCCACGAUUUAAGUUGUCGUAUGACAGCUUAUUUCAACUGUACCAAGCCAUUGAUGAUGGACAUGACAAAGGAUUUGGUUUUACUGCUGACCUUAUGCUGAAGGCCAUACUUACAAGUGCCCCGCCUAUUGUCAACCGCAGGCUUUCAAAAGGAAGAACUUUCAACUGUGAAAUUGAAUUUGAUGUUGAAUUACAGGAUAUAUCAAAACUCACAAGGUGUUUUUGGAGAAAUACACUUGUGCGGAGAAAUUCGGCUCGAAAAGUUGUUAAAGGCACCAAGAAGACACUUGCUAUUCAGGCUCACAUUUUGGAUAAGGGGCACCUUAAUUACUAAGGGACACCCACUUACUAUUUAAACCUCUCUUUGGUUAUGGGCACUCCACCCCUAACUUUCAUACGCACGGAAAAUGGCGGGAAUUUGUUUGGUUUCUGCGUGAACUUCUGAAGUUGGACUCGACCGAGAUUAUUGUGUAUUUCUUUAUGGGAAUGAUAUGGUACUACCCUGGUUCAUCAAAACAGGGAUGGUAGUAGGUUAAGAUUCGUAAAAAAAAAGUUUAUCGCUAUUACAGGGAAGAAGCAAGCUACGGGAUUUUGGAGUUAGUUACAGAAGUUACGUGACAGAAAAGGGAAAGAAUAUCUUCCCUGCGAUUCGAGUAUAUCUUGAAGAGUUUGGUUUAAAUCAAAAAGCUGUGUCACUUUGGAGAUAAAACAGGGAGAGGAAUUGUUUACGGGAACUUGGUUGAAUAUUUGGAAAGUACGGACAAGGGAAAGAAUAGACUCCGUUCGAUCAUAUCCUAUACUGGGAAGAGUUUACAACUAUAGAGAUUCUAAGGACGUUGGAUUAUACUCGGAAGAGGCGUGAAGAAACUAUAACUCCGGUGACUUGCCGUGGAGGAAAGGAGAAGAGAUUUUCGGGAUUUAUUGGUAUUGUGGUGUAUAUAUAUCCUGGCUUUGAGUAACAGAAGGGGGUCUGGAGUUUGGGGACCGAGCAGAGACUACAUAGCCGGAAAAAUCAGAGUUGCAGAGUGAGCUGUACGAACGGAGUUGGAUAAGAAGAAGAAGAAUAGAUUACAACCUUAAUAAGACUGUCAUCUUUACUUUUUAACAGUUCUCCAAUUGUAACAACGGGUUCUGUAACGCCUUCACAGCUGUUGCGAAUCCGCUAUAAUAUUAUUUUUCUCCAAUAAAACACCUAUUGAGCCAUGGAUUAUUAUUUUGA